AUGAAGAGAAAAACCAUUGAUUCGUACUUCCAAAAACAAAAACCUACUCCAGAAAUAAAUGUUGAUAACGUGAACUUUGAUGAUCCUAAUGAAACGACGAACAAUGUGAUUCCAGAUAAUCAAACUCAGAUACCGAAUCAACAACCUAAUAGUAGUGACACUUCUUUUGUGCGUGAUCCAGCAUUGCGUAAGCCAAUCAGUAGUUAUCCCUUGGGGAUACAACGAGAAAUUGUGGGCAAGUUCAUUGAGUUUGGACCUUACCAAACUCGUUUAUCUGAGUAUCCCUUAUCAGGUCUAGAAAGUCAUCCACGUCGAUUUGUAUCUAAUUCGUUUAAGACUUUUACGUGGCUAGAGUAUUCACCAACAACUGACGAUGCUGCCUAUUGUUUAUGCUUUCUUUUCGAUAAAAAACCAUUGGGGAAAGCUGGUUCAGAUACUUUUACAGUACAAGGAUUUAGAAAUUGGAAGAGAGUAGGUGGAAAAGAUUGUGCAUUUGUAUCCCAUAUGGGAAGAGACAUUAAUUCAGCUCAUGGAUAUUAUGGUCAAUGUUGGGAGAAUAUUCAGAAAACUAAAGGUCAUAUAGACGCUGCUUUUGAAAAUCUCACUCCAAAACAGAUUGCAGAUAAUCGUUUAAGACUAUCAGCUUCAAUAAAUGUUGUAGAAUGGCUCACAUUUCCAAAGUGUGCGUUUAGGGGACAUGUUGAGAAUGCCGACUCCAAAAACCAAGGAAACUUUCUAGAGAUGUUAAAACUCAUUGCAUCCUAUAACAAGGAUGUACGAGACGUGGUGCUAGCAAAUGCACCACAAAAUGCCAAAUAUAUUGCUCCGUCAAUUCAAAAGCAAAUUUUGCAUGUCUUUGCUAAGAAAGUGCAGAAUGAAAUCCGAAAGGAGAUUGGUGAUUCAAAAUUUUGCAUAAUCAUAGAUGAAUCACGAGACGUAUCUAAAAGGGAGCAAAUGGCUAUUGUUAUAAGAUUUGUUAAUAAAGAUGGUAUUGUAUAA